AUGUCAAAGCAGGUUGAUGUGUAUUCUAUGCAAAUGAUUUUGAUAUACUGUAAGGAAUAUGACGACUUUAUUAACAUUGUUUUGGUGUGUAAGAAGUAUAAAUAUGUACUUGACCGUAUUAGAAUGAAUCCAAUUCAAAUUACUCCAAAAACAAAGAAUCUAUUUAAGUACAUACAAACUCAACAAUUCUUUACUCCACUCGAUAUAAAACUAAACACCAAUAAAUCAAUUUUCAAUUAUCCCAAAUGUGCUAAAGAGUGUGUUAUAGAAAAAAAUAAUAACAAUGUUUGUUUACUUUCGGUGUAUACAAAUGACGAUCGAACCUAUUUCAAUGACAUAAUUCCAGACUUUAUAAGGAAAAUUGGCAAUAAUUGUUUUGAAAACAGUAAUAUGACAACUAUAACACUACCACUUUCAGUUAUAGAAAUUUCUCGGUUUGCUUUUUCUGGAUGUUUAAAUAUCACAGAAAUUAUACUUCCGCCACAUUUGACGGAACUUGGUAAUUUUGCAUUUGACGAUUGCGGCAGUUUGAAAGAAAUUAAACUGCCAGAAAUGCUUGAGUAUAUUCCGGACUCGUGUUUUAGUAAAUGUAGUUCGCUUUCUUCUGUUAUAAUGAAUUCAAAUAUCACAAAGAUCGGUUUUAACACCUUUAGUGAAUGUGCUUUCAAAGAUUUUAAAAUUGAAAAAAACGUGUUAAUCAGCGAACAUUACGCAUUUUCGGGGUGUGAGAAACUAAGUAAAUUUGAAGUUCCACAAAAAGUCCGAUUUAUAGGAAACUUUGCAUUUGAGAUGUGUAUACAGUUAAAAGAACUUGUUUUUAAUAAUAAUGUCGUGUUUCAAGACGGUGGGUGUUUCAAAGAAUGCACUUCUCUUACUAAAUUGGUUGUUCCAUUUGAAUACAUGAAACGUGUGUAUGUUGCAACUGAAAGUGAAAAGGUGAUUUUUGAAAGCCUUGGAAUAGAAAUUUCAAAUAUAAUGAAAACCGAAAAUGUUAACGAAAAGGUCUAUAAAUUUGACAAUUUCAAUAUACUUCAGGGUUCAAUGUCGGUUUAUUCUGAUUACAUUCAUCUUGGUGAUUUGGAUGUUUUAGAUGAAAACUUGUAUUGCUUAAAUGAACAUCCAAAAAUGUACAUUCCUUCGACUGUUGUUAACGUGAACGCCGACUUGAACCAUUUUGAAAAUCCAAUCGAAAAACUCUUUAUACCGGAAAAUGCACUUUUAAUAAUAGAAAACGAUUUCAAUGUUUACAACGCUAAAAAUAUUUUUGUACCAUCCACUGUAACAAAAAUACAAAAGUGUUGCUUUUCGGGUUCAAAUCUUGAAAAGUUUGUUUUGUCUCAAAGUGUACAUGAAAUUGGAAAGAAAGCGUUUUCUGAUACGACAAGUUUGACGUCACUUUAUAUACCAAAAAGUGUCACAAAAAUCGGAAAAAGAUUUGUGUCUGGAUGCACUAAUUUAAAGUCGGUUGUAUUCGAAGAUGGUCGAAUUUUCGAUUUAAAUAAAGAAAUACAAAAACAGUAUGAUAUUCGUAGUGUUACAUCUAAUAUUACAAAACUUGAUAAAAACAUUGAGUUUCCUCUUGAUAGUACAAAAAUAGAAGUACCAUCGGCUGUCACAAAAAUAUGUAAUUGUUAUUUUGCAAAAUACACAAAUCUCUGUGAAAUUGUGCUACCAACAACACUCCAAAUUAUCAAAAAUUCAAUUUUUGAUAAGUGCAUUCAACUCACAAAAAUAUCAUUUUGUUGCUAUUCACAUCUUACAAACAAAUUAAACCAAAACUACGAAACAAUUGAGUAA